GGACAAUGCAGAGAUGUGGUUUGAACUUAUCACCGUGCUGUCCCGCUCUGAUAGGGAGGGGGGCGGAGCUACUAACGGCUGAGAUCAUUACGAAGAAAUAUCUUCCACGUUCUGGUCGAACUUCUGAAGCAGAUUGGUUCCGCCCAAUUUUUCCCCCCGACAGUUUCCGACUUCUCCCGGCAGAGAUCCACAGGAAUGAGGAAGUUGUGGGAAGUUAGUGGUUCCCCCGCAGGGACGCCGGAGAUGCUCCGCACGGUAACGGUCCAAUGUUAGCCCUGCUGCUGCUAGCCUCGCUGCAACAGGUCUGCCCCCGGUUCUACGAACCGCCCGGUCCAGAUGGAGAGCAGAACCGCCUCCAGGUACUCCUGGAUCGACUUCGCCUUCUCGGUGGUGGGAGUUUGCACCUUCCUGCUGGACUGGGGCUCCGACCUAUGGCUGGCCAAGGAGUUCUACUGCCGGGGGGACUUGUUCUGGUUCGGGGUGCUGGUCGGCCUCAUGGUUCUAUCCUCUGUCGUGGUUCAAAUGUUCAGCUGGUUCUGGUUCCAGUACGACCGGGAGCUGCCGGGGUUCAGCGAGCAGACCACCGGGACAGGGAGCGUGUUCUGCGGGGACCGAGCCAAGCUGUUCUGCCUGUUGCAUGUUCUUCAGCUGGGCUUCCUCUGCAGACACGUGUCGGCCAUCCGUCAGGGCUUCAGGGUGUGGUGGAGGAAGGAGGCGGGGUCAGAGUAUGCCAUCUACCUGACGCACGAUCUGAGCAUGCUCCGUCUGAUCGAGACGUUCUGUGAGAGCGCCCCCCAGCUCGUCCUGAUGGUCUACGUCAUGCUGCGCACCAACCGGGCCAGGACCGUCCAGUUUGUGAGCGUGGCGGCCUCCGCCGCCUCCGUGGCCUGGAUGGUGGUGGACUACCACCGCUCUCUGCGCUCCUUCCUGCCAGACAAGGCUGAGCAGCGCUGGGGUUCCUCCAUCGUCUACUUCCUGUGGAACCUGCUGCUGAUUGGCCCGCGGGUCGCCGCCCUCGCUCUCUUCUCCUCCGUCCUGCCCGGCUUCAUCGCCCUCCACUUCCUGUUGCUGUGGCCGGCGCUGGUUCUGUGGGCGUGGCGGCAGGGCACCGGCUUCAUGGACAGCGCCGGCGGCGAGCGGCUGUACCGCGCCACCGUGGGCCUCAUCUGGUACUUCAGCUGGUUCAACGUGGCCGAGGGCCGGACGCUGGGCCGCAGCCUCAUCUACCACGCCUUCGUCACGGCUGACGUGGCCGUCCUCCUCGCCACCUGGUGGACCUACAGAGACCCGGUCCAGACGGCGGCGUACGGCGCCGCGGUGCUGCUUGCCCUGCCGCUCUGCUACCUGCUGGGGCUGUUGCUCAAAACGCUCUACUACUGCGGCUUCCACCCCACGCUGCCGCGGCCGCUGGACCGCGACCCACACGACCUGCCCGACUCCGAUGUGGCCUCUAGGGCCCUCCCCAUCCAGGACAGAGCACCGGCCGCCCUGCUGCUCAACCAGCGUAUGGCCUGCCAUGCCGCGCAUUUCUACACCGACCGGCGCCGCGCCAGGGCCAGGGGAGUGGGCGGGGCCAUGCCGUCUCAUUCCUGAGCACAGCUUCCUGUUCUGCUGCAGCAGCUUCCUUUCCAAAGGCCUUACAGUGGCAGUCGCCCAGGGCAACACGAUUUGAGGGCCCCAAAGACUAGAAUAUUUUGUAAUGAAUACAUGUUUCUCAUUGGCUCACAUUUUUAUUAAUGUUUCUGAUACUCCAAACAUGGAGCCUUCUCACAUGUGCUCCUGCUGAUGCGUUAGCUCACAUAUUUAUGAAUAAAAUGUCUUAUUUUAAUAUUUUAGUAUUUUAGUGUUUUAGUAUUUCUGAAGUUGAUUUUUGAGCGGGGCACCAAACUGGCUCCAGCCCAGGUUCCUUAUCCUUCUCAAUCCGGCCCUGUUGCCGCGGCGUUGGUGUUAUAAGUUGAAAACCGGAACGUCUCUGUGGGAAUGUCAGAGUCACCAGCAUCAUUCAGGAAUCUGAUCUUUCCGAAAAGCUUCAGUUUUAUCCCAAUAUUCCGGCUGAUUGAUCGGAAUGAUCCUGCUUUCCUGAAGCUUCCUUCAGUGAGCGUCCCUCUGCAGGACACUAGGGGGGGCUGUCUGCCUCAGACACACAUCAGACUCAUCCAGUGGUCCAGAGUUGAUCCAGAACUUUCUGCUCCUGGGUCGGAACCAGAACCAGGCUGGGCUCUGAUUGGCUCUUCCGGCUCGGCUCAUCGGUUUCCAGGAAACUUCGAAGAUUUUCCAACAUCUGGACGUCUCAGGAACAUUUAGUGAGACCAGAACCAGAACCAGUGGUUUACUCCCUUUACCAGCCAGAAACAUCUAAUAAGCUACCUCAGGAAGGAUCUCAGGAUGUACCGGACCGGACUGGACCGGACCACUAACAGCAGCGCUGCUGGUUCUGGUUCUGUAAGCUGGUCAGAAUGAUUCUGACCGGUUCUAGCCAACAGGUUCUCCAUCUGAAGGAAACGCUCCAGCUCCAGGUCUGGUUGCCAUAGAGACAGGUUGACGACACUAACGACCAGCUGAUGAGUAAAAACUCUGGUUGUUUUGAUGAAGCGUCUGAAUGAAAGGCAGCCGGACCGCCAUGCAGCCUGCUGAAUGAUGCGUCACCAUGGUGACCUUGGGUCGCCAUGGUGACCAUGGGUCGCCAUGGUGACCAUGGGUCGCCAUGGCGACCAUGGGUCGCUGUAGAAAAGACAUAUCUGGUUUGUGUUUUCUACAGUAAAUCUCGAGUUAAAUGAAAAUGUUUACAGUUUUUCCAGAGUUCCUCCUGCUGCUGUUUUUCCUGGUAUGGAACUAAAUAUGCUCCAUAAAGUUUAAGAAAAUUUAAUUAAGAAAAUAUUGAAACUGAAAAAAGUUCAAAACUGCUUUACAGAUUGAAGUGUUUUGUUUUUUCAGUGUCAGAUUCUAAUUUUAAUGUUUCAGUUUCAGUCCUCAAGUUGGACAAAAUAUUCCCAUUCAGGAUCUAGAAACUGGAAAUGUCUUAAAAUGGAUCCACGGUUGGUUGAGGAUGUUGCUGUAAUUAAAUAUGCUGUAAUUUUCCUGAUAAUCUGACAGGCAAAUCUCAUAAGUAUUUCAAAAAAAUGGAAAUAAAACCAAAUUGGUGUCAAUUAACUGC